GCCUGGAAAGACGACGAGGAAUUGGGUCAGGAGCUGGCUGGGCAUUGGGGAUUUUUGUUUUUAUCCCUAUAGACUGAGAAUUGAGGGUAAUAUCAACGUUCUCCGCAUUUCCUAGGGGAUCUGGAGGCUCUGAGAGUGGGGAACAGUCGUUGUUUUGAAGAUCGGUGACGUGAUGGCCGAAAAGCUUGUCCUCUCGUUGUGAUACGUCGCUGCAUAUACAUUGCAUUCCAGCCCUUUCCCUCUAUUCCUAAUAAUGAAAAAUGGCCCAGUUAGUCAUGGUAGGGGCUUGCUAUGUCGAUACCAUCCUAAGCGUGGACCACUACCCCGGAGAAGAUGAAAAGCUUCGCGCAUCAAGUCUGAACAGGCGACGUGGAGGCAAUUGUCCCAACUCUCUCGAGGUGCUCCAGCAGCUAGUGCAUCAUUCGCAAACAGACUUGUCGCUGAGCCUGAUAUCAGUGUUUCCAAAGUGCGAGUCGGAUAGCACGACAUUCAUCCGCCAAUCCCUGGGCUCAAGCAUAAAUUGCGAUGGUUGCAUUUAUCGCCAAGACCAUACUGAGCCAGCAUCAUCAUAUGUAAUCCACAGUCAAAAAACAAACAGCAGAACAAUUGUCAACUAUAAUGAUUUAUCGGAAAUGACUUUUGAGGAAUUCGAGUCUUGCAUCGGCAGAGUCCAACUACCAGCAAAUUGUUGGUUUCAUUUUGAGGGGAGAAUCCCGGAUACGACAUUAGAAUGUAUUCUUUUUCUACGAGAACAUCAUCCUUCCGUAAUGAUAAGCGUCGAGCUCGAAAAACCCGGUCGUCCUGGGCUUGAGAAGCUUGCUGCCGAGGCUGAUCUAGUGUUUUAUGCCAAGGGCUGGGCCCAGGCGAGUGGCUAUAGAUCAAUGGAAGAGUGUCUACAAUCGCAGUCUCAAGCUACACCAAAGUCGAAAUAUCUAUGCUGUACCUGGGGGGAGAACGGUGCUGCACUUUUAACAAAAUUCAACAAUAGCUGUAUAUCAGUCCCCGCCUUGAAAAUCUCAGAAUUUGAGAUAGUAGAUACGAUAGGUGCGGGAGACACAUUUAUCGCUGGUAUCUUCUUUGGCCUUUUAUGUCACAAUGACGACUGGAAUUGGACUCGCAAAUUGCGCUUCGCAAACGAGCUCGCAGGACGCAAAGUUAUUCAGAAUGGCUUUCAAGGACUAGGAUCAGUUAUGACACACCAUAUGGAAUGAACAGGGGAUGCUCUCUCUGGGAUAUAAAGAUGCCACUAGUAUUUUCAAUGCUCCAUGAAAUUAACAUAGGGAAAGAAUCACACAUAUAUAUAGUAACCACAUCUAUAAGGCUAAUAGACACUAUUGCACCGUAUUGA